UCUAGAAGCAUAUGGCCUUCAAGAAAAGAUCCAUGUACCUGAGCAGUUGCAUCAAUGGAAGGCCAUGACUCAUAGUGGAGACGAAGUCUGAAAUGCCAAAUUUUCUUGUGUACUCCGGAUCGAACUCCGACCAGUGUCAGACAGAGGUGGAGCUUGUCAACCUUUAUCUCUCUUUUCUCUAAAGAAUCGGAUAUAAGCUCAUCUUCUCGGGAUAUCAACGUCUACCUUUUCAGAAGCACAAGUUUCCACUUCGUCGUCAUACAUUGAGAAAAAGGGAAGAGCGGUGUGACCUCUCGCUGGACAUCAUCGGCAUCUUCCUCCUCAGAUCAACUUAUCACGAGUCACUUCACCUCUGCAACCCCUCAAAAUGACACAACCAACAAAGCCAAAACCACAAGUCACCCUCCGCCCAGCCCUCCCCAAAGACGCACCCCAAAUCGCCGCCCUAGGCUCCUCCGUCUUCUCCACCAGCUUCGGAUACUCCAUGCCGGCAGCAGACCUACAAGCCUACCUCGAGUCCGCCUACAGCAUCCCGUCCCUCUCUCGGGACCUCUCAAACCCCUCCGUCACCACCAUCGUCGCCUGCCCGACCUCCGCGCCCGACACCGUCAUCGGCUUCGCCCAGCUCACGCGCGGGACUUCCGAGCCCUGUCUAGAAGGAUGCGAGCAGCCCGUGGAAUUGCAGAGACUGUAUGUCUCCCCGGAUUUUCAUGGGGGAGGUGUAGGCGGGAUGUUGGUUGAGGAGAUUGAGAAGGUGGCGAGGGAAGAGGGGUUUGUUACUCUGUGGUUGGGUGUUUGGGAGGAGAAUUUUAGGGCCCAGAGGGUUUAUGAACGCAUGGGAUUCAAGAAAGUGGGAAGCCAUGAUUUUGUUAUGGGGAGUUGUGUGCAGACAGAUUGGAUUUUAACGAAGAGGUUGUGAUGUGAAGUGUGGUCCUGGGAUGGGUUGGGGUGGCGUUUUAGAGGGGGGGGUUAGAGGGUAGAAUAAUAUUUUUAUACCGGUGUUUAGAACGGUGCUGAUGUC